GAUGAACGGUGAAACGAGGUUGACGGAAACAGCCAGCCGCUAUAUGAAUAGUGAGAAGACCGCGGCGGUUCGUUGAUUCACUGCGCUCUCGGUUCGGUUGAUUCACUGAACCAGGACAUGGAGACCGCGGCGGCAAUAGCGUUGGCGUUGCCAUAUCCUCCUUUCUCCACAACCAGAAGAAGGAGACUUGAACGCGUUUGCCUCACCAAGGGUGAGGCGGGUUCUGUUGCUGUUGAGCAACCGCAACCAACUAAGGAGAAGAUUGCUCUGCUCAAAAUUGGUACCAGAGGGAGUCUAUUAGCUCUAGCUCAGGCUUAUGAGACUAGAAACAAACUCAUGUCGGCACACUCGGAGCUUGCUGAAGAUGGGGCUAUUCAGAUUGUCAUAAUAAAAACAACAGGUGACAGGAUCCGAACGCAGCCACUUGCAGACAUUGGCGGCAAAGGCUUAUUUACCAAAGAAAUAGAUGAGGCCCUCUUAAACGGUCAAAUUGACAUUGCUGUCCAUUCUAUGAAGGAUGUUCCUACUUAUUUACCUGAUAAAACAAUUCUACCAUGCAACCUUCCGCGCGAGGAUGUAAGAGAUGCAUUUAUAUCCUUCACUGCACCUUCGCUUGCUCAUCUUCCUCAUGGAAGUCUUGUUGGUACUGCUUCACUAAGACGAAAGUCUCAGAUACUCCACAAAUGUCCAUACCUAAAUGUGCUGGAAAACUUCCGUGGCAAUGUCGAUACAAGGUUGACAAAACUGAACGAGGGAGUUGUCCAAGCUACAAUAUUGGCAUUAGCUGGUCUAAAACGCUUAAAUAUGACAGAAAAUGUGACUUCGAUCCUCUCAAUUGAAGAUAUGCUGCCAGCUGUUGCCCAAGGCGCGAUUGGAAUAGCAUGUAGAAGUAAUGACCAUAAAAUGGUGGAAUACAUUGCUGCACUGAAUCAUGAAGAAACAAGGCUAGCAGUGGUUUGUGAAAGGGCAUUCCUUCAUAUUUUGAAUGGGUCUUGCCGCACCCCUAUUGCAGGGUAUGCUUCCAGAAAUGAAGACGGAGAUUGCUUGUUUAGAGGAUUAGUUGCUUCUCCUGAUGGAACCUGCGUGCUGGAGACAUCUAGGGUUGGUCCAUACACUGUUGAAGAUAUGAUUGAGAUGGGUAAGGAUGCUGGCAAAGAGCUUCUUUCUCAGGCUGGACCUAACUUUUUCAGCAUUUAGCAACAAAUUAAAAUACUAGUGGGUAUGGAGGUUUCUUGGUCUAUUUUUAGGUCUUUGUCUCCUCUGUUCUAACUUUAAAGUAGAUUAAUGUCUAGUUGAGUUUGAGAAAAAAUUGUUGUGUUUUAUGGAGAUUGAAUUGCCAAUUUUGUUUUUUUGGUAAAUUAAUAUUCAGUUGAGAUUGAGAACGUGGACCUCACCUCUCGGCCCUCAUUAGGGUCAAAUUAUAGGGUGAUAUGACAUUCUGAGAGGAAGUGUUAUUUGUGAGAGUGCAUAAGAGUUGAGGUUGAAGACUCUCAAUUAGUAUAUACAAAGUAGAUUUUAGUUUUUUUUUAUAA